UUAUCUGGCACUGAAAACUUCAGUUCCAAGGGGUUUGAUAUGGUGACUUUGCUCCUUAGCCGUCUUUCCCCAGGUCUCAAUGAGAAUAAAGGUUCAAAGCUCAAAGGCAAUACUGGCUGCUCACCUGUUCUAACAGAGUCAGAUCCAUCAGAGAUGAGGCAUCAUCAAAGUUACAGAAUAGACUUAAUUGAACCAGAAUAUGGAACAUGCCAAAGUAAUGAACUUCCCAGUUGGUCUAUUGGGACAAGAGAGAUAAUCCCUGUGGAUUGGCCUGCCUUUGCUUCUGACAAUUGUUUCACCAAAUACAAUGCAAAUACUGUUUCACACAAUGAAAUGGUGGAUAAUAAUCAUGGUUCAAAAAGUGAAACAACUAAAAGAUUGUUGAAACAGAUUGAUUCACCUGUGCACUUAUUGUUUGGGAGAUCUGGAUUUACUGAUCGGUAUCAUCUUAUGGAACCAGAUAGCUUUUAUUCUCUGGACGAAUCUCCAAAAAGGGAAACUCAAAUCUUGUUGCUGGAUUGGGAUUUUGACAACGAGAAAGAUGAACCUGAGAUAACAUUAGAUGCUGACUGCUGUGAGGACAAGAUCAAUUCGCAAAUUGCAACACUGUGGGAUUCUGAUCUCCACAAGAGCAUAGACACUGGGCACAAUACAAUGACAUUGUGUUCAAGAAGGGAACCUCAAGCCCUGUUGCUGGAUUGGAAUUUUGACAACGAGAAAGAUGAACCUGAAAUAACAUUAGAUGCUGACUGCUGUGAGGACAAAAUCAAUUCGCAAAUUGCAACACUGUGGGAUUCUGAUCUCCACAAGAGCAUAGACACUGGGCACAAUACAAUGACAUUGUGUUCAAGAAGGGAACCUCAAGCCCUGUUGCUGGAUUGGGAUUUUGAUAAGGAGAGUGAUGAACCUGAAAUAGCAAUAAAUUACUGUGAGGACAAAAUGGAUUUGCAAAUUGUAACACUGAGGGAUGCUGAUCUCCAAAAGAGCAUAGAGACUCGGGACAAUACAAUGGCAUUGUGUUCAAGAAGGGAACAUCAAGCCUUGUUGCUGGAUUGGGAUUUUGAUGAGAGGGAUGAACCUGAAAUAGCAAUAAAUGCUGACUGCUGUGAGGACAAAAUGGAUUUGCAAAUUGUAACAUUGCGGGAUGCUGAUAUCCACAGGAGCAUAAACACUGGACACAAUACAAUGGCAUUGUGUUCAUCAUCCUUGUUUUCUGACCAUUCUCCACAUUUUUGCAUGUUGCCAGAUUUCCAUUCAACCAGUUUGCAUGAGGAGCUAUGCAGGGAUUUUGAAAGGAAUCUUGAGUAUAAGGAAUAUACAAUCACAGAACCAGGCUGCUUAUCCUCAUUGUUUGAUGCAGAAUAUCUUGAUCCUGAAGAAUAUGGUUAUAGUGGCAAUGUCAUUUCCUAUUUUCUAGAUUAUCAUCAGGAUAGUCCAGUCCAGGAUUUCGGUGAGAAGUGUCAUCUAGAUUCUAAUGCUUUCCUUUUGCCUAUGGAACCGAACAGCUUACUAGCAACUGGUUUCCCUCGGCCAAAUCAUUCUAGUCAACAUUCUUAUAGAAGUGCAUAUACAACUCAGUUGGAGGAAGCAUGGAACUUAGGCAGUUCAAAUUCUACAGUAGUUGGUUUCCGAGGGGAAGCAUUUGACUCUUAUGAGCGGCCAACUUGUAACUUUCAAACAUCUUUUGACAGAAUGCUUGGAUGUCCUUUGUUGCUUAAGGACUCAAGCUGUGCUAGAUCAGAAGAGGGAACAUAUCUUGGCUCUCCUAAUGAAUGAGAGCGUAGCUGAAGAUUCAGGAUCUUCUCUUCCAAGCUCCAAAAAAUCUGUAAGCCAUGAAAAUUAUGGUACGAAUGAGUCAAACUUGGGGAGGUGUGCAAUCAAAAGAUGCUCACCGGCGCACAGGAAUAUUAUCGUGCACAAAUGAGGUACAAUUUGAUAUGUGAACCGUGUUGCUAAAAGUCAGCAAGAAAUUUCAUUUCCAAAUUCUCUUUGAUUUGUUUCGUUUUAUGCCGAGUUUUAAUUACUCCGUAUAUAAUAUAGGUGUACCAAAUAUAAUA